AUGUCGACUCAAGUGUUGGGAAAUAUAUAUGGUACGGAUAGUCGUCACAAUGGCAGAAGCCGACAUCAUAAAAGUAAAAGAGAUGGUGCUGGUGGUGGUGCUGGUGGAGGUGCUCGAGGUGGUGCUGGCGGUGGAGUGGGUGGCGGUGCCGGUGGGGCUGUUGGAGGUGGAGUGGGUGGCGGAGCUGGUGCCGGUGGGGCUAUUGGAGGUGGAGUAGGCGGCGGAGGUGGUGGAGGCGGUCUCGGGGGCGGUCUUGGAGGAGGACUCGGGGGUGGUCUUGGAGGUGGUCUUGGAGGAGGACUCGGGGGUGGUCUUGGAGGAGGUGGAGGAGUAGGCGGUGGAGUAGGAGGCGGAGCAAAUGUUGGUGUAGGAGUUGGAGCAGGCGGAGGAGCUGGAGCCGGAGGCAGUGUAGGAGGAGGAGCUGGUGGUGGCGGUGGCGUCGGUAACCGACGACACUAG